AUGUCCGUGGUGCUGAGGCUGCAAGCGUGCCCCCUGAAAGAACAGCUCCCAAUCCAUCCCCCUCCAUCUCCUUUUGAAGAGACUGUUUUAUGUGUCAUUUUUUCCCAGGAUAUAAGCAAAUCACUUUUUGCUUAUUUGCUUGGAGAUCAGCUAUCUCAGGCCAAUGUGUAUUUCUCAGAUACCCAGGGAUACAGCUUUCAGAAGUUUGCGCACAAAAGACAGGCAGAACCGGACGGGACCUUGGGUGGCAUCUUCUACUUCCACUCCUUGUCACAGGUUGGGACGCUGCUCGUCAAUCAUGGGCAGGCCAAGUUCAGCUACUCGGACCACCCCCUGAACCUCACCUUUGUGCUGCCCUUUAACUACAGUGAGCCGCUGGAGGUCCUCAUCGUGCCCGGACAGAGAGGCUUUCUCAUCUUCUGGUUUGAGAAGAGCCUCUUGGUUUCCGUAAACGAAGGUCAGCUUGUCAAACCCGUUGUGGUGCAGAAAGGACGCCGCACAUUGUAUUCUUCCAUUUCUGAGGCCAACAUCAGCAUCCGCGGCGUGGCUGCCAGUGAGUGCCCAAGCCUCAGCUGCCUGCCUAGACGGGCUUUGUACCUGGCUUAUCAACCACUGGCCUGCUGGAACGAAGGCAGACCAAACCCAAACGCAAUGAUCAUGCAUUCUGGAAAGACUUUUCCGAAGGGACACAUCUGGUCCCAGGAGGCAGCCCUGAUGUUCACGGACGUGGGGAUGCUGGAAAUACUGACCCCGGUGCCCGAUCCGGUGUUUCCAGCUUUUGAUUUCCAGAGGUGCCUCGUGAAUGUUCAGGCGAGUCUCAUGGACCUGCAUGUCGACGACUGCAAGGUAGAGCUUCUGGAAGGAGACUUUGCAGACAAAAUGUAUACCGUUGACAUGUACGGCACAUUGGAGCUGACAGCGCUGAUGGUACCCAAGGCAGGCACGUCACCAGUGCCGCUGCCAAUGCUGAGCAACCCCCACUCCCUGGGGAUACACGACGCCAUCAUGUAUGAGGACGGCUACAGGUACGACGGGAGGACCAUGCACAGAAUGAACAUUUCCCUGAGGCAGCAGCAGUUCUGCGGCAGGGCUGACGCCAACUUCACUUCCGACAUAAAAAGACCCACAAUGUCCACCAUCUCUCUGGACAUAGACGACAAGGAAAUUUCCUGUGUGGACCUCAAGCCACUGACGGCGCUCAUCUCAGUCGGCUGCGACCAUGAGAAAGAGAUCGUCGUCCGGAAGGAGGUCUCGGCCUGCUACAAGGGCAUUCUAGACAUCAUGGCCCUGAGUGACAAUUACAGCUACGUCAUUGAGAGGGACGCCUACGACCCCAACUUCAGGGGGCAGAAGGCCACUAAGGACCAGGUGGUGCACUACCCGUACGACAGGCUGGGCUGCCCCGACCUCGUCUACUACGACAACCCAUGGAAGCCUGUGGUGGAGAUGUGGCGGAAAGGAAAGUUCCAGGAGGUGGUCCACACGGAGUACGUCCUGCAGGAGGUGAACGGGCUGUUCACGUACACGUACUCCCUGAGCGCCCGCAGCGCGCUCUGCAGGGCGCAGCCGCAGAACUGGACCACCGUCAUGGAGCCCGCGGGCGGCGAGGGGCGCUCGGCCUGGCACCGGGAGAACUACGUGAGCUGCCACGACGCCAACAACCACGCCCCCUUGAGGUGGCCGGAUGUCCCGUACCAGAUCCUGGGAGGCCCGACUGCAAACAAGGUCCUUUUUGACGAACGGAACGGGAUAUACAUCUUUCGCAUUUCCAUCGUGGAUCCCUUCUACAGCUACUGUCGCCUGGAGACCACCUUCAGUGUCUAUGUCUAUGGGGCCCUCCCACCCUCCAUCAUCCCAGUUGAGAUCUCCAUCGUCCUGCUCACGGCAACCAUCCUGCUGGGCACGUGGCUGUCCUACGUAGUGCCCACACUGCUGCACACUGGGAAGGGCCUCCGGUUCAAGAGGUUCUGGACCAGUCUGUACAGGAGGUACAGAAACUCCUGGGCGCGUUUAUGGGGCAGGCGCUGAGUGUGCACCGGAGGGGUCCAGCGUUGCCUUAAAAUAAAGUGUUAACAAAGCA